AUGAAGUCCGCCAUCAUCGCUUCCGCCCUCAUGGCCUCUUUGGCCCUCGCUGCUCCCGUGGACAAGCGUGCCUAUGCCACCCAGACCCACACUGUCGUUGAGACCGUCGUUGUCUACACCACUGUCUGGGACGGCCAGCAGGCCACCGAGGCCCCCGCUGCCACCUCUUCUCCGGCCCUCUUCUUCGAGCAGCCCAGCUCCGCCGCUGCUGUCACUUCUUCUGAGGCCGCCCCAGAGGUCUCCAGCUCUACUCCUGAGCCCGUUGUAUCUUCUCCUACUCCCGAACCCGUUGCCUCUUCUCCUACCUCCGAGCCUGCGCCUGAGGUCCCGUCAAGCUCCGCAGUGCCCGCUGCACCAACUCAAGACCCCUCCAGCGGCAGCGGCAGCGGCGAGACCUACACUGGUUCCCUCACCAUGAACUACUACGGCGGUGGUACUGGUGCUUGCGGUGACGCCAUUGAUGAUACCAAAAUGAUCGCAGCCCUCGCUGUCGCCGGCUUCGGUGACUCUACCUACGACACCGCCACUGGCAACCCUACCAACAAGUGGUGCGGCCAGAGGAUCCGCGUAACCUACAACGGCAAGAGCGCCGACGCCACCAUCAAAGACCGCUGCUCCGGCUGCACUGGCGAGGGAGGUCUCGACGCCACUCCCGCCCUCUGGGAAGCCCUCACCGGUGGCCAGGGCGGUGCUUCUGGAGACCGCCUCGAGUCCGGCAUGUCCUUCACCCUCAUCAACUAG